UGUGUCGAAAAAGAAACGUUGUGUGAAAUUUGAUACCAUGCGUGGCUACUUCGUAUUACUAGCUCUUUCUCUUCUUGUGUGGGCGACGCAAGCUGAAGAUACUUACUCAGAUAAAUUCGAUUACAUCGACGUUGAGGAAAUUCUGACAAACGACCGACUAAGGGAACAAUAUUACAAAUGUUUUAUGGAUACAGCACCAUGUAUGACGGCCGAUGCAACAUUUUUCAAAGGGAACAUAUUCGAUGCGAUGGUAACAAAGUGCAGUAAAUGUACCGAAAAGCAAAAGAUGUUCCUGGAUAAAGUUACUGACUGGUUCACUAAGAAUCAACCAGAGAAAUGGCAAGCUUUUAUAGAAAAAUCAUUGGAAGAUGCGAAAAAGAAAGCAAUUUAAGUAUUACUACAAAGAUUUUAAACAUAUUUGAAACUUUGUACUAACAUUAUAUUGAAAUGUAACUUUACACAAUAAAUUUCAACUAACCAUUAUAAUAA